UUUGGUCUCAGUCUACUUUCUCCCGUCGUCGUUGUCGUCGUCGUCGUGGUCCCUGCAGCAGCAGAACUGACAACGAGAGAGACCACCACAACCUCCUGCCAGAAAAGAGGCCUACACUCAACACGACUUGACCACAGAUUCAUCACCAACAACAUGUAACCGUCUCAUGAGCAGUGGCCACACGUCGAGACUUUGAGCGAGCGUGGAGCGUUGGGCGGAGAUCGGUGAUGAACGACGGAUAGAACAAGAGCUGCACUUUCACCACCACUCCGACUCCGAGGAGGCGACGUCGACGAGGCGACGUCGACAUGACGGCCGCCGUCGCUGAUGUGGUUUCUGGGUGGCCCUGCGCCGCCUGGUUCGCGGGUUGUAGGGAGUCGCGCAAAUUGGUUCUUAUCAUCGUCGCCAUUGCCCUCCUCCUCGACAACAUGCUCCUAACCACCGUGGUUCCAAUAAUUCCGGAAUUUCUCUACAACAUUCGCCACCGUGACGAGGGGAUCACUUACGAGAGCUUCGAAGCGGACUUGGCCCAACAGGCCGCGGCUGCUGCGGCUGCAAGGCUCGCCACCACCACCACGCCGCCAGAAACACUCUUCGUCACCGAAUUUCCGGCCAAUAUGAGCACCAUGUUGGACGCCCCGACUGGUCCAAUCACGACGAAGAAGCCGCGACGGUCCAAGCACGACGAGCUGACGGAUGAAACGGUCGAAGUUGGCGUAAUGUUUGCAUCAAAGGCGUUCGUCCAACUCUUAGCCAACCCGUUUGUGGGUCCCUUAACGAACAGAAUUGGCUACAGCAUCCCCAUGUUUGCCGGAUUUAUCAUCAUGUUUCUUUCCACCAUUAUUUUUGCAUUUGGACGCUCCUACAGCGUACUCUUUCUGGCCAGGGCACUGCAAGGAAUUGGAUCUUCAUGCUCUAGCGUGUCAGGGAUGGGCAUGUUGGCGGAGCGAUUUCCGGACGACAAGGAGCGAGGGAAUGCGAUGGGGGUGGCGCUGGGAGGCUUAGCACUCGGCGUCCUUAUCGGCCCCCCUUUCGGCGGAGUUAUGUAUCAAUUCGUCGGGAAAACGGCACCCUUUCUCAUCCUCGCCUGUCUCGCCCUCGGAGACGGAGUUCUUCAACUCUUGGUCCUUCAGCCUGGAAUUGUUCGUCAAGAGGCGGAGGCCCCGUCCCUCAAGGCGCUCCUCAUGGACCCAUACAUCAUCGUGGCGGCAGGGGCCAUCACAUUUGCGAACAUGGGAAUCGCUAUGUUGGAGCCGUCGCUGCCAAUUCACAUGAUGGACACGAUGAACGCGCCCAAGUGGCAGUUGGGGGCCGCCUUCCUCCCCGCCUCCAUCUCCUACCUCAUCGGAACCAAUCUCUUCGGACCAUUGGGUCACAGGAUUGGCAGAUGGUUGGCUGCCAUGAUUGGACUCAUUGUUAUCGGCAUCUGUCUCCUGUGUAUUCCACUUGCCACGAAUAUCAAUCACUUGAUCGCACCCAACGCCGGGCUGGGAUUCGCCAUUGGAAUGGUGGACUCCUCCAUGAUGCCCGAGCUCGGAUAUCUGGUCGACAUUCGUCACGCCGCCGUCUACGGGUCAGUCUAUGCCAUCGGCGAUGUCGCUUUCUGUCUAGGAUUUGCCAUCGGCCCUGCGAUGAGCGGCACCCUGGUGAAGAACAUUGGCUUUGAGUGGAUGCUGAUCGGGAUUGCCAUCAUUAACUUCAUGUACGCGCCGGCCCUCUUCAUGCUGCGAGCCCCACCCACCAAAGAGGAGCAGAAGAACCUCAUCCUCGGCGAAAAGUCCUCCGUUCGCUACGUCAACUACAAGAAUGACGAAGAGGACCAGGAGUAGAGCAAAAUUCAUGAAGAAUCAUAAUCUCUCCGUAUUUCUUGUAUACGGCAUAUGCAACUUAUUAAAUAUUAUGCAAAUUUAAAUAUUAUGCAAAAUUAGGUAAAUAAUUGCUUCCGCUAUUGUGUGCAUACUUUUAAGGUGAAUACUUAGCUAAUUUAGUAGACGGCAAAGAAAGAGGAUGCUAAAAAUCACAUUUAUGAAACCGUAGCUAAUUUCUUGACUAAUACGUUAGCACAUAUGUAAAUCCUAGAAAUGGUUAAGUCUAGGACGUAAGAAUUAAAUCUUAAUUAGAAAAAAACCCCUGCCGGAUUCUCCUCUCCCUGUUAACUUAGCAAAUAUCGGCCCUAGAUAGAGCGGCGCAGGCCCUUUAAAUUAGCGGCCCUGGUGACACAAGAGACCAAUAAAUAAUCUGAUUAGAAAGUGUAGUGACGCAUGGCGCCGCCGUGUGACCACGACCCUUGCUGUUCUCCCUUCCGAGGACUCUUCGCUAAUUGCGUGGAAGGUGGAAGGAAGCGUCGUGGAGGUUGAGUUGAUCCUGAAAAUUGGGACUCCGCGCAAUUAAUGAAUGGUCCCUUUGAUGGGAGAAAUGCCGCUGCUGCUGAACAAGUUUAGGAACGAUUGUUAUGCGUUUAACGCUUAUGAGAUGUCACGCAGAAUGCAGGAAAAUAUUAGACCAUACUUAACUAACUAGUUAUUAAGGACAACUUAUUUAACGGUACUUAUGUAUAGACUAUGCAAAUUAAUUAGUAAAUUGAUACACUAAAUAGAUUUAGUGCCACAUGGCAAAUUACGGCAUUAAAAAAGAGACAUAAAUUACCAUCAAACCAGCGAAGCCAGCAGAAGACCAAAAAAACUACGUAUUUAAAACCGGACCAGACUUAUCCAAGAUCAUCAUGGAAAGGUUAACGUGUGACCGGACGAGAGCUAAUCACAUAUUUAAUUCAAGUUAAUGUUGUUAGCUUUACAUUUAAAAUAUAGUUACAAUUUCAUCUUAUCAAUCGAUAUCAAUCAAUAUCGAGUAGCUGUACUUUUACUUGCUUUUUAACUAACUUGUCAACUCUUAAUGUAAUCAUUACAAUUCUCUUAAAAAGUAGCAAGUAGAAAAUAAAUAGAUAAAUUAUCAUCUAGUCGAAAUGUAGUCAAAUUUAGAUAAGUAGCUAGAUAAGCACGUAGUCCGUCUAAUCGACACUUCUAUUAUUAUGCAAAGCAAUGACUCUGUACAUAAUUAAUUACGUAAUUAAAGAGUAACUUCUAAAAUACAAUGUAAUCAUUAAUCUUGGCAAUGGAUCAUUAGGCAGUUAUUCGGGAAAUCUUAGUCGUUCGUGAGGGAAUCAUAGAAGUAGUCAUUAAUUAACUGUACUUAGCUAAUUAAUUAAUCAUUCAAGUAUGAAAACUUAAAUUAAAUCAUGUGUAAAUCUUUGGGACCAUUGACCGACUAUAUAUAACCGACACGAUCGGUCGGUUACAGAAAGUGAAACCAGCCACAAUAAGUACGAAAUAUGCAAAAUUUGCACAUGCAAAAAUUAAUAUGACGAGUUUACGACAAUUAUAUUAAACGAGCGGACCAGUUUACACAAAUAAACGCAGGGCAACCGAGAGGGGAACAAGAUGUGACAAAUACACGAAAUUGAUAACUGAUUGACAAAGGAAACAAAAACAAUGAGAUUGAAAUUCACCUGUGAAAUUUGAGAAAUUAAACAAUGGAUAAAAUUAACUUGGUAGGUGAAAUGUUAUGUAAAAAUUUAUGAAUGUGGCGAAAUACUUGUAAAAAAUAUGAAAAAGUUUUAACUAAAAUUCACGGGUUUCAAUAGUGAUUAAAUUCUGGCGUGUUAACAAACAUAUUUAAAUUAAAUAAAAACUUUAUUGCGUAGUCGGUUAUCUGAUAUUUAGAGAGAAAUGGGUGGGUGUGACAAAUAGUUAACUAAUUAUGAAGUAAAAUUUAAUGAUCAUCUGGAAAAUUACGGUGUAAAAUGCAAAUAGUGUAUUAUUCAAUCAAUUAAUGACCGUAGUUUGACUAUAUAUAAAUGUGUAAUUAAUUAUCCACUGGUUUUUGUUUCCAUGGCGACAAGUAUUUUUAAAAGUUAGAAAAAAUGGCUGCUCUAACUUUUACCAGUACGAAACCAUAUUUAUGUAUUCAGAUUUGUACAAAGUCUGUAAGUAAUUUUUAAUUGUGAAUUAUGUUGCAAUUUUUUAGGAAAAGUGAACGUUGCGAAAAGUAGAGUAAAGGGGACGACAAGGGAGAAAAUUGUCUACAAAAUUGUGCUAUUUCGAUUCACAGAAUUUGUACGGAAAUGAAACGAAAACGGGGCAGCAUGAAUUUGUAAAAGAUUUGUUUAUAGAAUUGGCAAUUAAAAUAAUAAGUUACGAAAAUUGGUGAAAAAAUUUAAAGCAUUUUAAUACGUAUUUUUUUGUUUGCAGUUGACUAGGUUACUCUUAAAGUUUAUAAUUAAGCAAAAAUGGAGAAAUUAGUUAUUUCUUGAGUAUUUCAAUAUGUUCAAAAUGAAAAUGUAUUGGUGUUGUGUGGCUAUUAAAUUACAAAAAAUGUGUAAAA